UAUCAAUUUGCAUGCAAAUGAAUUAUGAAAAUCUCUAUAAUGUAUCACGAGAAUAUAUUCACUUGUACAUUAUUUUUGUUGUAAAAGCUACAAGUUUUUACUUUUGUAGACGACACUCUACAAGUUUAGACAACGUGUAGAAACCUUGUCAUCACAAAACCUGAUGACGUAAUACGCAAAGAAUUUAAAUGAUUCCUCUAGUACACGUACCCGCACAAGUUUGAAAUAUCAACCUUUCUAUUAAGUUUUCUUUACACAUUGUGUCCGUCGUCAUAUCGUCUGUCUUUUCUUUGGUCCAUCCAUCCAUACAAUUUUCCUCUCGUCGAAUUCUUACUUAACUUUACUAGUCAUUGCUUGAUUGAAUCUUUCUUGAACACAGCUACAAACUGUGCUGAAUUUUAUAAUAUGAUUUGGGUUUAAAUGAAAAAGAGAUUUAUUAAAUGAAAUUUUUAUCAUGACCAACAUGAAAUAUUUUAAUAUGAUUUAUAAGUUUACUAAAAAAAAUUACUCACUUUUUUGCCCACUCCAAACAAAUUCCCGCUUUUUGGGCAAAUUGUGAAGUUUGUGUGGCGCACUGCAAGAACAAUCUUGAUGUAGCGCAUUAGGAAUUUUACAAAGAGAUGUUUUUCACAAAUGUAUUUUUUUCGACUGCUUGUACAACCAACAACGACACACCUUUUGCCUCCUCCACCCUUAUAUACAGCUUUCAUGGAUAUGGGUUCAGCAGUCAUGGUUGUAAUGACGUACAGAUCACAUGAUCAAAUAUGGAUGCGAGAAGAAUUAUGCCGUCAGAUUAGAACAAAAGUCGUCUAUACCAUAGUUACAAUCUUUGUCGGUGAUAAAACAUCAAAACUAUGAGAAACGGACAGUGUUGCGGUUUCAUGCUUUUAGUGUUUUCCAGUUUGAAUCUUGACUCUACUUGAAUGUGCACCUUUUGCCUCCAGGAUUUUUCCCAAAAGAUGUUUUGUUUUUGAAAAGUGCCUUCAAUGUUUUGUAAUUAAUUUGUAAGUAGAUAUUUAUAUUUGCAUGUCUUUUUUCUUUUUUAAUUUCUUUUUUUUUUUAAAUUGCCAUUGUGCACUUAACCCGGUUUGAUCUAUGAAAAUAUAACGUUAAGAGCCAUAUAGAAAUACACACAAUCAUCAGUUUCAGAUAUUGUCACGUAUCAUGUUAUUUUAAAAGUUCUGUUAUUAAAAUUUUAAUUUUUGUAUCGCUUUUUUAUGCCAUUAACCCUGUAGUUUCUAUUAUUCAACACAAUGAAGGAACAAAGUUAGUAAAUAUAAUCAAUGACUGCAGGAAAUAAUCAUUAUAAAGCGUUUGUUAAAAAAAUUUGCCUCUUGCUUGGUAAAAAAGCAAAGUUUCACAUGCAUAUAAAGGAUGUCAUUGCCACUCACAAUUACUUAAAAAUUACAAGGUCUUCUCAGUUAUCUAUUACUUCUAAAUAAAAAAUUUAAAAGGAAAUGAUUUCCUAUUAAAAAUGUAGCACAAUCACUGAAGUGAUUUUCGACCUACCUCUUUCAUUGUUUUCUGAUUACCUGAUAAAACCGUACUGAAGGCCAGGUACAUGUAAUAAAGGCGCCGAUUUAAAUCAUUUUGGGCUAUUGUCAACCAAAAGAAUUAUAUAUAAUUUAAACCCAACGUUAAUCUAAGCUACAUUUUUGCCCAAUGUCUUCAUUUCACUCCAGGUAAUUCAUCUAAAUUUCGAAAGGUGCAUGUGAGGGGUUACGGUGUGGAGUAAGGGGAUGUAGAAUAUUUAAAAGGGACAAACAUUUAAAUAUAUAUUUACAUUAAACAUUUAAUUCCAAAAGUGAGGGUCGUUGGUGGGGUUGAGAGGCUUUUGUAUAUUUUCAUUAAGUUUGCAUACAUGUAUUAAUUUUGGUUUUUAUACGUUGGUCUUAAAUGCUUGGAAGGGAGCGCACUUUUUUUGGAAAGUGAGGUAAAUGAAUAUGAAAUGAAAACUCUCACUUUGCUAAAUUUUCUGUGAGUACCAACCCCGAUACAACAUUCCAAUUUUAUUUUCGUUAUUAUGGCAUAACAUGACAAAGUAGUCAUUUGAGAUUGAGAUUUAAGACAUGUACGGAUAUGCGUUCGUGUGCCAUAAAUACACGUCCACGUUUUUGUAAUUUAUCAAUUGAGAUUUUAUUAGUUGUAGGUUAUUAACGUGCACGUAAAUUUCGACGUAUUUUUAAUGACAUGAAUUUACUCAAUUAAUUCCAAAUAAAUUAAGAAUUUGUAUCAAUUUGCAUGCAAAUGAAUUUUGAAAAUCUUUAUAAUGUAUCACGAGAAUAUAUUCUCUUAAACAUUAUUUUUACUGUAAAAGCUACAAGUUUGUACUUUAGUAGACGACACUCUACACGUUUAGAGAAUGUGUAAAAACCUUGUCAUCACAAAAACUGAUGACGUAAUGCGCAAAGAAUUUAAAUGAUUCCCCUAGUACACGUACCCCGCACAAGGUUGAAAUAUCAACCUUUCUAUUAAUUUUUCUUUACACACAUUGUCCGUCGUCAUAUCGUCUGUCUUUUCUUUGGUCCAUCCAUCCAUACAAUUUUCUUUUCCUUUUUUUUAACUACUCGUCGAAUUCUUACUUAACUUUACCAAAAAGCAUUCUUGGAUGGAGUGUUGAUAAGACUGUUAACGAGCAACGUUUUUUUUUUCGCAAAGGGAAAUUAUUUUUAAAAGAGCGAAAUUAGGUUCGUAAUUUUUUUUUUAAAAAUCUACAAAUUCAGAACAUACAAUAGGAAUACGAAAUCAUAAAACAAUGCACUACCUCUCCUUUUAAAUAUUUUUAAAAUCAUUUCCAAUACAAUUUGGAAAACCCUGCUCCUCAUAGUUUGGUGAGAGACAUGAAUAACCAUCUUGUUAUAUUUUCUAUGAUAUUGCUCGAUUGAAUCGUUGUUGAACACAUCUACAAACUGUGCUGAAUUUUAGAGUAUGAUUUGGGUUAAAAAUGAAAAAGAGGUUUAUUAAAUGAAAUUUACAUCAUGAUCAACAUGAAAUAUUUUAAUAUGAUUUAUAAGUUAACUUUAAAGAAAUGAACUCACUUUUAUGCCCACUCCAAACAAAUUCCCUCUUUUGGGGCAAAUUGUGAAGUUUGUGUGGCACGCUGCAAGAACAAUCUUGAUGUAGCGCAUUAGGAAUUUUACAAAGAGAUGUUUUUCACAAAUGUAUUUUUUUCGACUGCUUGUUCAACCAACAACUGCACACCUAUUGCCUCCUCCACCCUUAUAUACAGCUUUCAUGGAUAUGGGUUCAGCAGUCAUGGUUGUAAUGACGUAUAGAUCACAUGAUCAAAUAUAGAUGCGAGAAGAAUUAUGCCUUCAGAUUAGAACAAAAGUCGUCUAUACCAUAGUUACAAUGUUAAUUAGUUUUUUUUAUAUAAGAAUUCAAACAUGCAAAUAUAUCAUAAUUAUCUAAUUAAACACUGCAAAUGACUGUUAAUGAAUCGUAUUUGUAUUUCUAUUUUUGUCAGGUGUAAGAUUUGAACUUUUCUUAUAAAACUCCUCAGGGACCCUGACGAGUGUGAGGAGAAAGGGGUGAAUUUAAUCAAACUCUAAAUUUUGUAGCUUUGUAGGUGAUAAAACAACAAAACUAUGAGAAACAGACAGCGCUGCGCUUUCAUGCUUUUAGUGUGUAGUGUAUUCUUAGAGAUGACAGAAAACUGUCAAAUAUCAAAAUAUAUUGAUGAUUGUGGAAACAGAGGAUUACUGUGGAACUGCAGCGGCUUAAACAUCUCCAGAUUACCAACGUCGAUACCCCUGGACUUACAUAAUCACACUGUCACACUGGAUUUGUCUUUCAAUCAGUUUUCUUCUCUGACAGGGGAUACAUUUAGACAAAUAGCUGCCUACACUCACGUUACGUCAAUCAUACUUCACCACAACAAGCUUACCGAUAUUCAAAGUCUGACAUUUCAAAAUCUGUCAAGCUUAUGCAGUUUGGAUCUCUCUUUUGCACAUCUUGAUAAAACUGAAAUUGAUGCUAAUGCAUUUUCUUUUCUUCAAAAACUUCAGAUUCUUCGAAUUCAUCAGAACAAUUUUCAAAGUUUGGGAUACCCUGAUUUGCAGAUAUCCAAACUCCAUUCACUGAAACAUCUAAAAAUUGACACAUUUUUUGGAUUUGCAUUUACAAAACCAUUCCAAAAUCUUACAAGUUUAUCGCAACUUGAGUUUAAUAAUGUCAACGAUUUUAAAUUAACUAACACUUCCUUUCAAGGCCUUAUACUUUCUCCAAUAUAUAGUAUAAACAUGGAUUUUAGUGGUCACGUAGAUUGUGACAUUCCAGAAGACCUCUUUUGCUCAUUUCCAUAUCUACAUAAAGACAUUCAGAUAAAUUUCGGCGGUAAAUGCAGCGUGCUGGUUGUUCUUAGGUCCCUUAAAUGUUUGCAGCAUCGUAAAAUACAAAAAGUCGAUUUGUCUGGGAACAAGGAAAGUAUUGAAGCUGAUAUAAUCAUCUUAGAUGAUAGAUCAUUUGAGUACCUUCUAAACAUGUGUGUGAGUGUGCUGCUAUUGGAAAAUAACGAUAUUAUUUCUAUAAGAACAAACAUAUAUAAAUCAACACUAUGGACUUGCUUAGAUACUCUAAAUCUCAGCCAUAACGAUAUACAGAACGUUGAAUCAAACACAAUUUUGGCAUUUUUAACCUGUCCCUUAUUGCGAAAUUUAAGUUGGUGCUGCAAUGUCCAAUCACCUCAUGUUGAAUCAUACAACGUUACCAAUCGCAUAGACGAUCAUCUAUUUAUAAAUAUUUAUCUACCAAAAAAUCUUCAGAUAUUUGACUAUUCCAAUAAUUACAUCCAUAACGUUGACUAUAAGCCCUUUCGUAUAAGAUUUACAGGGAACCAGUUGCAAAAGUUAUAUCUUGCAAAAACUAACUUCCCUCUUAUGUUUGAAAAUAUAUUUAAUUUUUCGUCCUUGGUUAUUCUUGAUUUAUCUCAAAAUGAAUUCAGAAAUAUACAUCCUGAUAUAUUUCAAGGAGUAAAAAAUAUUCAGGAAUUAUAUGCUAUAGAUGUCCACCUAGAGUUUACGGACAGUCUUAUUUCUGAAAGUUUGUUUAGAAAUUUACACUUCUUGUCAAAACUUGAUAUUUCUCAAAACCGCCUAUCUGUUUUACCACCGUUGCUUUUAAGAGACCAAAAGAAAUCUUUAAAAGAACUUCAUCUGGAUCAUAAUAUGUUUUCUUCCGUUUCAAAUUCCUUAUUGCAGUUGGAAAAUUUAGAAACUCUUUAUGUUCGAAACAACUUGGUGUCAAAAAUUUCUGAGAAUGAUCAAAGAUUUUUUAAAUCCCAGAAAAAUAUAUCGAUCUUUUUAGAAGGAAAUCCGAUCUCUUGCAUUUGUUCCAACAUCAAGUCUUUAAAAUGGAUGAAAGAUCAUCGAAAUUCAUUUUCAGAUCUAUCAAAAACGCUCUGUGUAGAGAGUAAAAGCGCUGUUAGUGAGUUAUUUAACGACUAUAAGUGGAGGUCAUUUGAAUUACAAUGUCAGACAGUCGCUUGGCUGAUAUUUUCUGUAGGACUGCUCGUUUUAACAGUGUUAACACUCACAAUAACAGCCGUAAUCAGAAGAUACCGCGUUCAUUUGGAAUAUGUAAUUCUAAGAAUGAAACAAAGAUGGAAAGGCGUUCAAAUAUACCGUCAAGAAGAUGUCUUUUCGUAUGAUGUGUAUGUCUCAUACAGUGAUGUUGAUUACCCGUGGCUUAUUCAGAAUUUACAUCCAAAAUUUGAAAAAAUGAACCUAAAGACAUGGCUAAAAGAUAAAGAUUCCACACCAGGAAGCUGGGAAUCAGAGGAGAUAGUCAACUGCAUUAAUAUGAGCAGGAAAGUGAUGUUUAUCGUGAGCGAGACUUUUCUAGACAUUGGAUGGUCCUCCUUUGCUGUUCAAAUGGCCAUAACCCAUGCAUUUCAUAAUCAUCGUCAAGGGUCUAUAGUGGUUAUCAUUAAAGAUGAACUUCCUCUCGAUAAACUUCCAAACGAAAUCAAAAACAUUUGGUGGUGUAUCGAGCAUUUCAGAUGGCCGGAGGAUGAAACAAAUGACAAAAUAAUACUGUCAAAAUUGUGUAAUGUUCUUAAAAUAUCAAAUAUUAUAGAAUAGAAAUUUUUACCAAAAUAAUGUUGUCUGAAUAUAUUUUAUCUAUAUAUAUUUUUUUAAUUUUGUACUUUUGCUCCUACACGCGAGCAUCGUUUCUCAUUUUGAUUCAAAACUUUUAUCAAACCAAGAUUUAUGGAUUUGCUACGAACUUUGCUUUUAAGCGUAAAAUUCAUGGCUUAUCAUUUGUUGUUGUUUAAAUUAAUUCCUCUUUUUUCUCACAGUAUAAUUUAAUGAUAGAUAUAUUUACCACUUUGAAUGUUGUACAUAUUACAUGUACUUUAAUUUGUUCUUCAUUUAAGAUGAAGAUAAAUGUUUAUGUGACAUACUAUUUUUAAAAUGAAAAUAAAAGUUUAUCUUUUCUUAUAUACGAAGUAGUAACUAAUGGAAAAAUCACUGUCCCAGAAAUUUCCUAAAUCAAUCAUUCCAGGGAUGUGAUUCGUUUUUAUCAUUUUAUA